AUUGGAUAAAGCAGGCAGCAGGCAAUUUUUCUUCUGAAGCAGAGACAUUCAAAACUUUAAUUGACAACGUAAACAAAAAUGACCCGUUCGCCAUUCGCCGUAUUAACGACCAGCUGCUCCUCAUGGAACGGGCGUUUUUGGAUCCCGCGGGACUACCAGGUCGACCCCAGUCCAGACACAUCCUAUUUGCGGAGAGUAGUGUUGAUACCUACGCCGGAAGCAGUUUUCCAGGUCUAGUAGACGCUUUAUUCGAGAUCGAGUCUAUUCCGGAAGCCGAAACAGAGGCACGAUGGGAGAUUGUAAAGCACCAUUUUUCUGUGGUUGUAUUUACCAUAAGCUCGGCGCAGUCAACACUGCGGGGGGUGUCUACGUUUAUGCCGGAGCUCCAUGAUUAUCCUUAACAAACUAGUAUAUCAAUGUCACAUGGUCUCAUUGUAAAACAUAUCUCGUAAAGCGUUUUUAUGUAAAUCCCAGAUAGUGUUUAAAUCUUAAUGAUACACAUCAUAUCAGACGUACGACUUGUUCGUAAAAUCUUUUGCCGAAUCUCUGUUUACCCGACUAUGAGCUGUGUCUAAUACACGUAAUCUUAACCACUUAAUUGUAUAGUAAUCGGUACAUGUUUCAAUAUCAUUGUCGCAUAUUUGAUGUAUACAGAAAGUUCACUUUUAUAUUCAGUGCUACUUGACUACAUACAUGAUUGUUAUUUGAUCAUGAAUGCUUUACCAUAUAUUGUUUUAAAGUAUCAGGAACCUAAACUUGUAUGUAUAAAACACUAUAGGGUUACUUGAACGUGUCACCAUUUCAUGUUUAAUAUGUAUAUACACGAGUAUACUAACCCGAUGUUACACAAUGUGAGAGAAUGUAAGUGUUAUAAUGAAUUAAACAAAGGAUCAAUUA